AUGGAGACGGAGAUCCCCACUGCAGCCUUUGGAUCAUCGGACAACCCGAACUCUGGUAACAAUCUCAAGAGGAAGCGAAGGCCUCGUGCGCCGAUAGCUUGUGGUACAUGCCGGGCUCGUAAAGUCAAGUGUGAUGGAAGUUCGCCAUGCUCCAAUUGUGUUCGACACGAAUUCUCGUGCUCGUACAAAGAAGGACAGGAAGACCCACCGAGUAAAAGGUCAUCCUCAUACAAUCCCACCGGCCGCCUGCAACAACGUUUGCAGCCUCAACCUCAGCUGAUACCUCAGCCACAGCCAUCAUUGCCUGAGCAUCUUCACCCAUCACCAGUUAGCCUAGAUGAACCAAUUAAGCACGAGAACCCGGUCCAGCUGAACCCACAAGAGCCAAGCCGCAUGGAUAGGGGCUCAUCAACAUCUUCGGAACAAGAAGUAGACGGCCUCGGUCAGGUCAAUGAGCACACCGAGGGUGCCGAGUUUUACGGACCCACUGGGACAUUUAACUUCCUCGCCCGGCUUCGCUCUCGGGCGAACACACAGAAGCAACCGAAAGCCGGCACGCACCGUAAGCAAAGCUCCAUUGUAAAUCUCCUGCACAGUUCGGAUUACUCGACGCCUCCGGACUCUCGGAUUCUCGGUCAGAACCAGUUUGCAAAGGCAAGUCCGCAGAGCAAUGGCGGCAGGAGGGAGUCGUAUCAGCAAGGCGUUGUUGCCGAUGUCGUUCUUACCGCGGUGGAUGCCGCGUUUGCGACUGAGCUUGAGCGGGAAUGUGUCCGCCUGUACUUCCAAAACUUGCACAACAUCCACCCGAUCCUCGAACAGAUGACCUUUCUCAAAAGAUGUGAGGAUGAAAUAUGGUCGAGGCUUUCGAGGCCAGAUAUGAUAAUCUCUGCACAAAUGCGUCGGGAGGCGAGGUUUCUGGCACUGUACAAUGUUGUCAUUGCUAUCGGCGCUAUUACCGCGGGAGAGACGUCCUUACUCAUGGAAGACCACACCAAAGAGUUCUUGGACCGGACUGGGCAAACCAGCGACGAAGAAGCACUCUACCCACCUAUCCGAUUGGCAAGAAGAUUCUUCGAAAGGUCAAGGCUUCACCUUGAAGACAUUUGCGAGUCGAGUUCGCUUGAAACUGCGCAGACACUAUUCCUCAUGGUCAGUUCCAGGCAAAACGUUCAACGCGGAGGUAUUCAGAGCUAG